AUGCCCUUUAGAAAGGGGAAGCCUGAUGAAGAUUGGUUUUUGACAUUUUCAAAACGCAACCGACUUUCUAUUAAGAAACCUGAGGUAAUUGAAGCAUCACGUGUAAGACAACAAACUGACCCAUUUGUUGUUUACGAUUUCUUUGACCAAGUGGAAACUACUAUAAAUAAUUUACAACUUCAACCAUAUCCUGCUAGGAUAUAG